AUGCUUGACUCGUCCCUCAACACCAAGCUCGGGGACUUCGGCUUGGCCCGGCUCAUCGACCAUGGCGCCGGGUUAACGCAGACCACCAAGGCCGUGCUCGGCACCGUCGGCUACAUCGACCCGGAGUUCGUCAACACACGCCGGCCCAGUACCGAGUCCGACGUGUACAGCUUCGGCGUCGUCCUCCUGGAGGUCGCUUCCGGCCGGCGGCCGGUGAUCGAGACGGCGGAGAGGUCCUUCACGCUGCUCAGCUGGGUGUGGGGCCUGUACGGGAGGGACGCGAUCCUUGACGCGGCGGACGAGCGGCUGAGGGGCGACGAGGCGGACGAGCGGUGGAUGGAGCGGGUGCUGGUCGUCGGGCUCUGGUGCGCGCAGCCGGACCAGAGCGAGCGGCCGUCCGUGGCGCAGGCCAUGCACGUCCUGCAGUCCGACGAGGCGAGGCUGCCGGCGCUCCCGCAGCACAUGUACAGGGCUGCGCCGAGUCUUGCAUCGUCCGUCCCGUACGGGUCUUUCUCCGUUGACAGCUCCGGCUCCGGUUGUGUUCGCUCUUCUUCGGUCUGCACCGGCAACACCACUGCUUCCUCCGAGUCGUCCUCCACCGCGCUGCUACGACAUUCCAAGGAUCAAGCUAAUUGA